AUGACUCUUAUCUAUCAUCUUGCGCCUUCUUCACGAUGGUACUCGUGGCCAGCAGAAAAACCGUAUUUGCCACCAGAUUAUGAAAAGGAUGGUUUUAUCCAUUGCACAUCAGGUGACGAACUAAUGCUCAAGAAUCCAGCAUCGGAAGUUAAAUGGGAAAAAGCAUCAGAAUUUGAUUCACUUUUCCCACAUAUCUAUGGUGCCAUGGAUCGAGAUGCUGUUGUUGAAAUACGACGAUUUCAACGAGCAGAUGAUGGAACAUUUGUUGGAUGGACAGAAACAAACUAG